AGGAAAAAAAACGGAAGGCAUCCAGCUGAACCGGCGGAACCCAGAGGCGGCACCACCGUCGCCGGAAAAGAAUCUGAUGUCAGAUGUGGGUGGACCCAUCCGCAACAGCCGCAGUCAUUACUCGCAUUAUUCUCUUCAGGUUCUCCAAUUCAUUGCUAUCUUUACAGGCCAUUGGUUUAUGUUUCUGUUUGCAAACAAAUUCUGAAUUCACUUUACUAGACAGUAACAGGAUUCCUAUUUACACUCGGAAUAGAUCGACGAAAUCUAUAAUUUACAAUUAUCAGUAAUUCGAAUCCUACUAUGAUCAGGAUAGGAAAUCUAGUCUGGUUUCGGCCCUCUAUAUAUACCUCAAUCCAACACAAACAAUGCAUAAAACUUAUAAACAGAACACUCUGAUUCUGAUUUUAAGCAAACUAACAACGCUGUUUUGAUUAGUCUCGAUGGCAACACCAGCAGGAUGGGUGAAAGGGAAAGUAAAGGCUGUCCCUUCAGGGGAUACACUCGUCAUCAUUGAGUUGAACUCAAACAAGACUGGAGUACCACUCGAAAGAACCAUCACUCUGUCCUCUCUUAUGGCGCCCAGGCUGGCCCGAAAGGACGGCGUCGAUGAACCCUUUGCAUGGUACAGCAGGGAGUAUCUGAGGCAGCUGUGCUUAGGAGAAGAGGUUGUCUUUAAGGUGGACUAUGUUGUUAAAAAAUCCAUUGGCCGGGAGUUUGGUUCUGUCGUUCUUGCUAACAGCAACGACAAUGUAGCAAGGUUUGUUGUUUCUCAAGGGUGGGCAAAGGUCAGGGAGCCGCAGAGUCAGCCACAGGGUCAGCAGAGACAGGUUGUAGAAGCCGAUCCUUACCUUGAAGAACUGCGUAGUCUUGAGCAAAAAGCAAAGACUGAAGGUCGUGGUUGCUGGACUCGGGUUCCAGGUGCUGCUGAGGAAUCCAUUAGGUUUCUACCUCCAAGCAACAGUUUUGAUGCAUUGAGUUUGUUAGCAGAAAAUAAGGGUCAGCUCAAGGAAGCUUUAGUGGAGCAGGUUCGCGAUGGAAGCACAUUGCGGGUUUACUUGCUUCCGGAGUUUCAGUUUGUCCAUGUGCUAGUUGCAGGAACUCGGGCCCCCUCAAUGGAAAAGAGUCAUGGAACAACAGAAAUUGACCAAGUUGCUGAACCAUAUGCACUGGAAUCUAAAUUCCUGACAGAAGCUUGUGUUUUAAACAAGGACGUGCAUAUUAUUCUACAAGGGGUUGACAAGUUCAGCAAUUUGAUUGGGUCAGUGUAUUAUCUCGAACAAGAAUCCGAGAAGAACUUGGGGCUGGAGCUUGUGGAGAAUGGUUAUGCAAAAUACGUUGAAUGGAGCGCAAACCUAAUGGAGGAAGAUGCAAAGAAACAGCUGAAGGCUGCAGAGCUUGCUGCUAAGAAAAGCAGGUUGAGGAUUUGGAAGAACUAUAUACCCCCAGCUACAGGCUCAAAGGCAAUUCAUGACAAGAGUUUCACAGGAAUGGUUGUGGAGGUAGUGAGUGGGGACUGCAUCAUUGUGGCUGAUGAUUCUGUUCCAUCUAGCAGUCCACUAGCAGAGAGGAAAGUCAAUCUUUCUAGCAUUAGGUGUCCGAAGAUGGGGAACCCUCGUAGAGAUGAAAAGCCGGCUCCAUAUGCACGGGAAGCCAAGGAGUUGCUGAGGUCACGCCUGAUUGGUCGCGAAGUGAGUGUUCAAUUGGAGUAUUCUAGGAAGGCUGGCCUUGGAGAUUCAAUGGAUUUUGGAUCAGUCUUUCUGAAGGCUGUUGAGAAAGAUGCAUGCGACCAGGUUGGGGGGAAUAUUGCUGAGCUAGUUGUUGCACGUGGCCUAGGCACCGUUAUUAGACAUCAAGAUUUUGAGGAGAGGUCGCACCAUUAUGAUGCUCUUCUUGCUGCUGAAUCACGAGCUAUUGCCAACAAUAAAGGACAACAUUCUUCUAAGGAGGCCUCAGUCAUGCAUUUUAGAGACCUGACAAUUGAGCCUGCCAAGAAAGCAAGUGAGUUCUUGCCAUUCAUGCAGCAAAAUAGGAAAAUUCACGCCAUUGUGGAAUAUGUUCUCAGUGGUCAUCGCUUUAAGCUAUAUCUUCCCAAGGAAACAUGCAGCAUUGCCUUCUCUUUCUCAUGUGUGAGAUGUCCGCGUCGUGAUGAACCCUUCUCUGAUGAAGCAAUUGCAGUGAUGAAGCGAAGAAUAAUGCAAAGAGAUGUCGAGAUUGAAGUGGAGAGUGUUGACAAAUCUGGAACUUUUGUGGGAACUUUAUGGCAGUCGGGGAUGAAUAUGUCAAUUGCCCUCGUUGAAGCUGGCCUUGCAAAAUAUACUCCCUUUGGUAAUUGCAGUAGGAUUCCGGAUGCUCACCUUCUUGAAAAAGCUCAAAAGUAUGCCAAACAGCAGAAAUUGAAAAUUUGGGAGAAGUAUGAUGAAGGUCAGGAAGUUUCCAACAAACAGAAAGAGGUGCUAAAUGUUGAAGUUACAGAGGUUUUCUUGAAUAACGGUAAAUUUUAUGUUCGGAUCAUUGAGGACCAAACCACUGGCUCUAUUCAGCAACAGCUGAACUCUUUGAAUCUUCAAGAAGCUGAUCCAGUCACCAAUAUCGGAUUCAAGCCUAAGAAUGGUGACAUUGUCCUUGCUCAGUUUAGUGAAGAUGAUUCUUGGAACCGUGCAAUGAUUGUCAAUGCUCAAGCAGCUGAAGAAUCCUCUCAAGACACAUAUGAAGUGUUCUACAUUGAUUACGGUGAUCAAGAGGUUGUCCCUUCCAAUCAGUUACAGCCUCUUGACUCUUCUCUUGCCACUGCACCUGGCCUCGCACAACUAUGCAGCCUUGCAUAUGUUAAAGUCCCAAGCGUGGAGGAUAAUUUUGGUAAAGAAGCACUUGAGUACUUGCGAGAGCAAACAUCGGGAAGAGAGUUCAGGGCCUUGAUUGAGGGAAGGGAUCUUUCAGAAGGAAAAGUUGUUAAGGGUCAGGGAACUGGACCAACUCUUAUGGUAACUCUUGAGGCUGGUGAUGAUGAGAUGAGUAUAAAUGCUGCCAUGGUUCUAGAUGGAUUUGCCAGCUUGGACAAAGAGAAGAAAUUUUGGAAGUCUUCGGAAACAUUGAGAGAGUUCCAGGACGAAGCAAAGACAUAUCGGCGAGGCAUGUGGGAAAGAGAGAGAUACUGAUGCUCAUGAGUACAAGGCUCGUCCCAUGACAAAGACUGCUAGCAGAAGUGAUGAUGGUGUACUACUAAUACUAUUGAUCAUUGAAGACUAUGUUCUGUUUGUGGUAGAGAAGUUAGAAAAAUAGAAACAAGAGCAAGUUUAAGUUUGGGAUUCUUGAGGUUGGACCAAAACCGGUCUAUUAUUAGUCUAACAAAUGAAAAAUUCAGGUAUCCUGUCUAAAGAUUUAUACUUGAUCUGUUGUUUACCAUUGCAUAAAAUAUUCUACAAACAGAAUCCCCUUUUCCAUGUUUUUUACAUUAUUGAUAAGGGUGCUAAGCCAUUUUGUAUCAUAGUAUGUGACGCGUUGGAGUUACACUGGUUACCAAUGUUUAAUAUAUGGAUGUUCCUCGGAAAGGAAGAUAUUUUAUUUUUUCUGGAAACGAAGUUCAGCUAGAUUUACAGCAUAUUGAACUUUUAUAGUUUGAUCCAUGUUUGGCACACUAUAAUCUGCAUUAGC